AUAAAAACGAUGUCGUUUAAAAGGAGAUGGGCGGCUGCAUUCUGUCCUUUCGUUGUCUGGUUGCACAUGGAUCUCGGCUGGAAAGACGCUUGUAUUCUGUAAUCGGAAUUAAUUCUGCAUUUCUUUCUGAUUUCACUGAAUCUAAAUAAAAGCAGAUCUUUUUAUUAUUUAAUUUUGCUCUCUAUCGACAUAGCGAAAGAGGAAGAGACGCAACCUUCUUCCUUCCUGGUUUAAGUCCAUUAGUGGUUUGCUGGCACUGUUCAAUGUUUUAACAUACGUAGUGUACUUAAACAAGUAACCCUUUUCUAAGUCAAAUUGUUUGGCAUUCAGCAUGUUGGGUUUUGCUUCAAAAGCGAUUAAUGGUUCCUUAAGGUUGAAGAAUGAUCUUUCAAAGCGGAGUCAAGCUUAUUCAGAAUGCUCAGAUGAUGAAUUAUCAUUAAACAACGGCAGAGAAGAGGGACUGGAAUGCCCUAUAUGCUGGGAAUCUUUUAACAUUGUUGAAAAUUUGCCCUAUGUUUUGUGGUGUGGCCACACCCUCUGUAAGAAUUGUGUGCUAGGGCUGCAAAGGGCUAUGGUGAAACUUCCUACCCUCCCGAUCCAGCUUCCAUUCUUCAUUUCUUGUCCUUGGUGUAAUCUAUUAUCUUUCAGAUUGGUCCACAAAGGACACCUCAGGUUUCCUCGGAAGAACUACUUUCUACUUUGGAUGGUUGAGAGCAUGAAUGGUGAUAGGUCAAAGUCAUAUUUCUCCUUUCGUGGGGAUCAUCAGCCUGUUUCUUCUUCAAAAAGAAAUCAAGCCAUGGGCAAUCAAGUUACCCAUAUGAGCAACAGGCGAGCCUCAUAUCCUUGUCCUCCAGAACAAGCAGCAUCUAACCUUGACGAAGGUCGCCUUAACAUUAGAUACUUCAAUGCUGAGAGACUUCAGUUAUCCUUUCGCAAGUCGUUGGUUUUCUUUGUUCACUUGACAGCUAAGUUUCCAUUGAUUGUCAUAUUUCUUCUGAUUGUUUUGUAUGCAAUACCGGCCAGUGCAGCCAUCUUGUCACUCUACAUCCUUAUCACCUUUGUAUUUGCUCUCCCUUCUUUUCUUAUCUUGUACUUUGCCUUACCCAGUCUGGAUUGGUUGGUUAGAGAAAUCAUCACUUGAGUUACCAUUCUCCUACAUGCCCGAUGUCACAAAUGGGUGGCAUUUCUCUUAUUGCCAGUCCAGUUACAUAGUGCAAUUUGACGACUUUACCUCUAUUAGAUGCUGACCAGCUUCGUGGUUUUACAAACCAUGGAGCUCAACUUGAAGUUCUUCAAUCAAAUCACCUCCUUAUCAAACAUAUUUUAGCAUGCGGCAAAUAAGUUGAUUUCAGAUGUUACAUUGGUCUUGAGAACGCUGUUCUUUUGUAAUUCCAAAAUUUUGGGGAGCAAUUAAUGAUCUGUAGUAGAAAUAUAAUGAAGACGUACGGGUAUUAUUCUGCUGCAGUGUACAUUUAGGCGCGAGAAAGCUCUUGCAAGAAGACUAAUAUGUAGAAGAUUGUCCCUGUUUUGUGUGUCGAGGGUAAUGACCUUUUCAGUACUUUGCUACUAUAUUUUGGAUCUUUGAUGGACUGUACAUUGAAUGCUCCUAUUUUGCCUUUUUGGUUAUGGUAUGCAAGUGAAACUAUGCAAUUCCUUUUCCAUAGAUGUCCUUUUGUAUUGGUGAGAGAUUGUAUGUGCACAUUUCAUGAAGCGUCAUUUUAAAACACAUGGAUGUUUGUUUAGCUACAAGUAUUAUUUUUAUUA